CCCAAAAUAAUUUGCUCCUCGAAAACAAAAUAAUCUUCAUCUUUUUAUAUCUGCUGCACCUUUGCGACUAGAACUUGAAUGCAUUUUCAGAAGUCUUGUGAAGUCUACACCAUCUGGCUUGAGCUUUCAUACUGCUUAACCGACAGAGGAUGAAACGAUUCUUCCAACCAGUUGAAAAAGAUGGAUCUCUUAAGAAGAAACCCACUCUCACUACUUGUUCCUCACCAUCAAAACCAGAAGAAAAAGAAGAACAAAAUGGGGAAAGUGUAGUAGUAACAGAAGAAAAAAGAGACCCUUUGAAGUUCAUAUCAUGGAAUGCAAAUAGUUUCCUGCUUCGUGUUAAAAAUAACUGGCCAGAGUUUUCUAAGUUUAUUGCAACCUUUGAUCCUGAUGUCAUUGCUAUACAGGAAGUGAGAAUGCCUGCAGCUGGCUCUAAAGGUGGACCUAAAACUCAAGGAGAAGUGAAAGAUGAUACAAACUCUUCUCGAGAGGAAAAACAAACAUUGAUGCGUGCGCUUUCAAGUCCACCAUUUCGAAAUUACCAAGUUUGGUGGUCGCUAGCUGACUCAAAGUAUGCUGGGACUGCUUUAUUUGUGAAGAAGUGUUGCCAACCGAAAAACGUCACCUUCUCGCUUGACCAAACAGCAUCCAAAAAGCAUGAACCAGAUGGCCGGGUAGUUUUGGCCGAGUUUGAGUCUUUCCGAGUGCUGAAUACAUAUGUCCCAAAUAAUGGGUGGAAGGAUGAGGAAAAUUCUUUUCAGAGGAGAAGAAAAUGGGAUAAAAGAGUGCUUGAAUUUGUUUUACGGAGUUCGGAUAAGCCUUUGAUUUGGUGUGGCGACCUGAAUGUUAGCCAUAAAGAGCUUGAUGUGAGUCAUCCGGAUUUUUUUAGUAGCGCAAAGCUCAAUGGUUAUGUUCCUCCUAACAAAGAGGAUUGUGGACAGCCUGGGUUUACUUUGAAUGAAAGGAAGCGUUUCAGUACCAUUUUAUCUGAAGGAAAGCUGGUAGAUGCAUACAGAUCCCUACAUGAGGAACACGAUAUGGACAGUGGCUUCUCCUGGUCAGGAAAUCCCAUUGGGAAGUACCGGGGUAAGAGAAUGAGGAUAGACUAUUUUCUAGUUUCCGAGUCACUCAAGGAUAGGAUUGUAUCAUGUGAGAUGCAGGGCCAUGGGAUUGAAUUAGAAGGAUUCUUCGGAAGUGAUCAUUGCCCUGUUACCCUAGAGCUCUCACAGAAAACUAGUAUAGAUUCUGCUGAUGGCUAGAUUUAAUUUCUAUUUAUUUGAAUGGCAUUUGAAGACCAUAUUGAUGCCCCUGUGGCUUAUAAGAUAAUUUUUAUGUCAAAUUAUGUAGAAAUUUUUAUGUUUGUGAAUAUUUCAUUGUCCAGUAAGAAAAAUCAGCUGCUAAAAAAACAAAACAAAAGGGGUUCUUGAAUUGCAUGCAGUCCGGCUUAACUCAGGUGCCAGUAUUUCUGAAGCAGAACACCCAACAGGCAAUAGACACCUCUAUUACGAGUAAUUCAGGUGGAUUUAGAGCUUGGUAAGUGGAUGGAUCCGUUGUUGCCUUGACAAGUAUAUUCGGCUUCUUUGGCUGUAUUGGUUUUGGAACCAUAUCUGAAUACUUCCUCGAGUAUUUUCUUGCUAAUAACUCAAUAUGGGUAAAUAGAAGGUUCACAUCACAUUGUUGUCAUUGGACCUGUUGACUCUGGGAAAUCGACCACCACUGGUCACAGCUUGGAGGUGUUGACAAGCGUGUGAUUGAGAGGUUCGAGAAAGAGGUUGCUGAGAUGAACUAGAGGUCAUUCAGGGUUCUUGGCAAGCUUAAGGCUGAUGAUAUUGCCUUGGAAGUUUGAGACCACCAAGUAUAACUGCACAGUUUUUGAUGCUCCUGGACAUCAUGACUUUAUUAAGAACAUGAUUACUGAGACCUCUCAGGCUGAUUGGGUUGUCCUUAUUAUUGAUUGCACUGGAGGUUUUAAGGCUGGUAUCUCCAAGGAUGGCCAGACUCGUGAGCAUGCCCUUCUUACUUUCACACUUGGUGUCAAGCAGAUGAUCUGUUGCUGUAACAAGAUGGAUGCCACCACCCCCAAGUACUCUAAGGCCAGAUACAAUAAAAUUGUGAAGGAGGUCUCAUCUUACUUGAAGAAGGUUGAGUACAACCCAGACAAAAUUUCCUUUGUUCACAUCUCUGGAUUUGAGGGAGACAACAUGAUUGAGAGGUCCACCAACCUCAACUAGUACAAAGGACCAACUCUUCUUGAGGCUCUUGACAAUAUCUCUGAGCCAAAGAGGCCCUCAGACAAGCCCCUCCGUCUCCCACUUCAGGAUGUUUACAAGAUUGGAGGUUUUGGAACUGUGCCAGAGGGACAUGUUGAAAACUGGUUUCAUCAAGCCUGUUAUGGUUGUCACUUUUGGAUCCACUGGGUUGAUUGCUGAAGUUGAGCCUGUGGAGAUGCACCACGAGGCUCUCCAAGAAGCUCUUCCAGGUGACAAUGUCGGGUUCAACGUUAAGAAUGUUGCUGUCAAGGAUACCAAGUGUGGUUUCGUCGCCUCCAACUCCAAGGAUGACCCUGCCAACUGCACCUCCCCACCCACCCCCACCCUCCGGUCAGAUUGGUAGCCAAUGGUGGGCAAUGUCUGUUCCAGAGUAGCUGCAAUCCCAGAAGCACUUCUUACUGUAGGAAAAAAGGAAUGUGAUAUUCAAGGCCUAAUGUACGCGUUAUGAGACAUUAUCACAUUAACAGGUGAGCGGAUGUGGGGUAUCAAUCAAACCUUUUUCUUCCUUUCCGUUACUCCCUUUAUUUUCAUUCUGGACUGAUUUUUGUUAUGCCAGUGUCUUGAUGUCUUGCCAUCUUUUGGUACGUCAGGAAAUACAGCAAAAAUGCAACUCUAUUUCAUAGCUUAUUGAUUUCUUCUAUAUCUCAAGAAAUAAUGUGAACGAUAAGACUGAGGUAUUGAACCCGUCUCAUACUUAAAGGGAUUAAUCUUUAUGUAUCAUCUGGUGGCAUGUGAUCGUCUAAAGGUACAAGAGACCUACAUGCAUAUGGUAGUACUCCACCUGAUCUUUUAAUCAUCUUAUCAUAAAACCUAAUAGUAGUUUCCAUUAAACGUAUUACUACACAUAUUUGCGUUUUUGUAUCACAUUGUUGGACUGUCACGAAAAACUUAUCAAUAUAAGUUUUGAAUUGUUUUUUCAGUUAGUUGCACCUACUAAUUAUUUUGUAUUUUAGAUUUGGCCUGUAUUCUCAGUUUAUUGGUUCCCUGGUGGAUGCAAGUAGUUUGAUUACUGACACCUAUUAAGAGAAGUAAGACAUUUUGUUUUCUAAAUAUGAACUUGCUUCUUGUUGUAACAGGGAUGCAUUUCUAAGGUUUACCGAAUUACGGAAGUGAAAUUGGCCACCCGUGGCUAGAAAUUGAAGCAUAUGAAGUUUGUCUAUUAGAUCAGACUUCUUCCCCAUGGGAAAAUCUGAGUUGAGAAUAGAGACUUACGGGCAUACUUAUACUGAUGCCGGAGCCGAUUUGAGCUCAGAGUGUCAGGUGAAACUGAAAAUUGGUGAAAAGCUGAUUGGAUAGCUACAACAAUUGAGCAAUGUUGAUCACCUUUUUGUUGCUGGAGCAAGUGUUAUAGUUUUUCAUCGUUCAGGUUUUUUAUCUUAUAAAUGGGAAUCUGUAGAAUUAUCAUUGUACCGGAUAAAAGUUAGAAUCUAAUAUAUCCUUUUCAAUGUUUAUUUUAA